AUGGAACUACUAAGGAAAAAAAAAUCUAGAUUACAAGAGUUAUCAUCCACUGUGCAACAAUUACAAAAAUUAAAUGAGACUAUAAAUACUGAAUCAAAACCAAAUGAAUAUGAAAUUUUUGGGAAACAUGUUGCUUCUCAAUUGGAGAAAUUAUCAACUGAAAAUGCAAUAAUUGGUCAAGAAAAAAUUCAAAGUAUAUUAACUCAAUUAAGGCUAAAUGAAAUUAGAUCUAAUGUACCCAAUAUUUGUUAUGCAAGACAUUACUUGUUCUACGACAAUGUCAUCAUUAGAUAG